UCUAUAACUAAUAAAACCAAUAUUAAAUAUGGAUCAAGCAGAGCUUUGCAGAAUAUUCCAAAUGUUCGACAGAAACGGUGACGGCAAAAUAACCAAGCAAGAGCUGAAUGCUUCAUUGGAGAACGUUGGAAUCUACAUGCCCGACAUAGACUUGGUGCAGAUGAUUGAGAAGAUUGAUCUCAAUGGUGAUGGGUACGUGGACAUCGACGAGUUUGGAGGUUUGUACGAGACGAUCAUGGAGGAGAGAGACGAGGAGGAAGAUAUGAGAGAGGCUUUCAAUGUGUUUGAUCAGAACCGGGACGGGUUCAUCACGGUUGAAGAGCUGAAAUCUGUGUUAGCUUCCUUGGGACUCAAGCAAGGAAGAACACUAGAGGAUUGUAAGAGGAUGAUAGGGAAAGUGGACGCUGAUGGAGAUGGGAUGGUGAAUUAUAAAGAGUUUAAGCAAAUGAUGAAAGGUGGUGGAUUUGCCGCUUUAGAAUCAAACUUGUAAACAAAGAAAAACAAACCCAUUUUAGGGUUAGGGUUUGUGACCUAUAUCAUUGUUUUUUCUUUAGAAUGAUUAGGGCAAAACCUUGAAAGUGAAAUAACAAAUGGAUUUGUGUAGAAAAAAAAACUCAACAAAACUUUUC